UUCUCCACCUCUAAUUAGAACCCAGCUAAAAUCCGCAGAAAAACCAGGAUCAGGAUGCAGAAGUACGACAAGAUGGAGAAGAUCGGGGAGGGCACCUACGGCACGGUGUUUAAGGGCCGCAACCGCGACACCAUGGAGAUCGUGGCCCUAAAGCGCGUUCGCCUCGACGAGGACGACGAGGGAGUGCCCAGCUCCGCCCUCCGGGAGAUCUGCUUGCUGAAGGAGCUGAAGCACAAGAACAUCGUGCGCCUCAUAGACGUCCUGCACUCGGACAAGAAACUCACCCUGGUCUUCGAGCACUGCGACCAGGACCUCAAGAAGUACUUCGACAGCCUCAACGGGGAGAUCGACAUGGCCGUGUGCCGAAGCUUCAUGCUCCAGCUGCUCCGCGGACUGGCCUUUUGCCACAGCCAUAAUGUCCUGCACCGCGAUCUGAAGCCCCAGAACCUAUUGAUCAACAAGAAUGGCGAACUGAAGCUGGCUGACUUUGGUCUGGCUCGAGCCUUCGGCAUCCCCGUGAAGUGCUACUCCGCGGAGGUGGUGACUCUGUGGUACCGACCACCCGACGUUCUGUUUGGAGCCAAGCUAUACACCACCAGCAUCGACAUGUGGUCGGCCGGAUGCAUCCUGGCGGAGCUGGCGGACGCUGGACGACCGCUGUUUCCCGGCUCCGAUGUCCUCGACCAGCUGAUGAAGAUCUUCCGAGUGCUGGGCACCCCCAACGAGGACUCCUGGCCGGGGGUCUCGCACCUCUCGGACUACGUGGCGCUUCCAUCCUUUCCGGCCAUUACCUCGUGGAGCCAACUGGUGCCCAGGCUGAACUCCAAGGGACGCGACCUGCUGCAAAAGCUGCUCGUCUGCCGGCCAAAUCAGCGGAUCAGCGCCGAGGCCGCCAUGCAGCAUCCCUACUUCACGGACAGCAGCUCUUCGGGGCACUAACAUGGAAUCGAGUGGGUUGGCAUUGGUAUGGGCCACGUACUUUGAUUAGACUUAAGCCAAACCCCUAACCUUGUCUAGCUAUGAAAUGCGUAGAUCUUCGAACAGUAUCUGUGUAGUAGGCAUCGAUUAUAGACUAGGAUGAACUGUCCUUUGUUUUUUGCAAUAUGUUUUUAGGCUAGGUUUUUAGUUGCCAAAGCAAAAUAACAAAAAAAAAGUUUGAUUAAAGACAAUCCUUAACAAUGUGACACUUAAUAUAGCCAUUUAGCUGCCAAAUUAA